AUGUCUACUGCCGACCACGCCGAUGAUCUUAUUGACUACGAGGAGGAAGAUGAUCAAACCCUUCAACAAGAAGCCGCUGCCGUGACCACCGCUACUAAUGAUGCCGAUGCUACUGGCAAGGCUGAAGGCGAUGAUAAAAAGGACAAGAAAGGUUCCUAUGUUGGUGUCAGCUCCACCGGUUUCCGUGAUUUCCUCUUGAAGCCUGAAUUGCUCCGUUCCAUUGUCGAUUGUGGUUUCGAACAUCCUUCAGAAGUGCAGCAAGAAUGUAUUCCUCAAUCAAUCUUGGGUAUGGAUGUCCUUUGUCAAGCCAAAUCGGGUAUGGGCAAGACUGCCGUCUUUGUCCUCGCUACUCUUCAACAAAUUGAGCCUGUCGAUGGUGAAGUUUCCGUUGUUGUCCUUUGUCAUACUCGUGAACUUGCAUUCCAAAUCCGCAACGAAUACAACCGCUUCAGCAAGUACAUCCCUGAUAUCCGUACCGAGGUGUUUUAUGGUGGUGUGCCCACUUCCAAGGACAUUGAGAUCUUGAAGGACAAGUCAAAGUGCCCCCAUGUCUUGGUUGGUACCCCAGGUCGUGUUUGGGGUCUUGUUCGUGACAAGCACAUGAAGCUCAACAAUGUCAAGCACUUUGUGUUGGAUGAAUGUGACAAGAUGUUGGAACAACUUGACAUGCGCCGUGAUGUACAAGACAUUUUCCGUUCCACGCCUCACCACAAGCAAGUGAUGAUGUUUUCUGCUACCCUUGCCAAGGAGAUGCGUCCCAUUUGCAAAAAGUUCAUGCAAAACCCACUCGAGAUUUACGUUGAUGAUGAAGCCAAGUUGACCCUUCACGGUUUGCAACAAUUCUACAUCCAACUUGAAGAACGUGAAAAGAAUCGCAAGUUGAACGAGUUGCUUGACAGCCUUGAAUUCAACCAAGUUUGCAUCUUUGUGCGCUCCGUUCCUCGUGCUAUCGAACUCAACCGUAUCCUCACCAGCUGCAACUUCCCCAGCAUUUGUAUCCACUCUCAAAUGACUCAAGAAGAACGUAUCAAGCGUUACAAAUCAUUCAAGGAUUUCGAAAAGCGUAUCAUGGUGGCCACUGAUAUCUUUGGUCGUGGUAUCGAUAUCGAGCGUGUCAACAUUGUCAUCAACUAUGAUAUGCCUGAUGGCGCUGAUACUUAUCUUCAUCGUGUCGGUCGUGCUGGUCGUUUCGGUACCAAGGGUCUCGGCAUCACCUUCGUUUCCAAUGAAAAAGACACCGAGGUCUUGAACGAUGUCCAAAGCCGAUUCGAAAUCAAUAUCACCCCUCUUCCUGAAGACGUUGAUGUCAACUCUUACAUGGCUGCUUAA